CUCGUCCAACGAGCUGUUCAGUCUCCCUCUUGUCCUUGUGUGUGCUGGGUACAACUCAUUUUAGUCACUUGUCCAAAUUUGACAUAGUCUUGGCCCAUCAUCUGGCAGACAAUGGAUGUGAAGGCAGCCGUAGAAGACGUUUUCUCUCUGUUCGGAGAUUUCGGAAACGACGACUACUUAGGUGAAAUGGUCAGCCAGGAGCAACACGCCCUUCAGGCUGCUCAUCUAGCCGAAACCGAAGGGUUUCCUGCUGAAAUUAUCAUCGGAGCUUUACUCCACGACAUCGGACACCUGCAGGGAAAACGUCUCGCAAAACCCCAAAUGGUCACAGACGGCUUGAUGUACGGCGUCUGCAACCACGAGGCUCUCGGCCAGGAGUACCUUGAAGGACUCGGAUUCCCUCCAGAGGUUUCAGACUUCGUCAGGAGACACGUCGAUGCGAAAAGAUAUCUCGUGACUACAGACCCUACGUAUUACGGACGCCUGUCCUCAGCCAGUAAGACGACACUGGAACACCAAGGAGGAAGGAUGAGCGAAGAUGAAGUCGAGGUAUUUCGCAAGGAUCCUAAAUUCCAGGCCAUUCUGCGCAUGCGCGCUUGGGACGAGAGAGCCAAGGACCCCAAUGCCGUCACCCCUUCUCUUCAGCACUACAAAGAUAUCUGUCUAGCUUACCUGACCAAAAGGUGUAAGUGAGAUAACCAGGGUAUUAUCGAAGUGAGAUAACCAGGGGAUUAUCGAGAUAAUGCAUGUUCAGCAGGAUUGAAGAAGCAAUAUAACAUUGAUCGAGCA